AUGCCUAAUUCUGUACUUAAUGAUCAAAUACCAAAUGAAAGAUCAUAUAAAAGAAAUUCUAUGUUAACUCAUCUAAGAGUAAUAGGUUGUUUGUGUUUUGCAAAAUCACUGACAGAAACUGAUAAACUAAAACCAAAAGCAAAAAUGUAUGCGUUACUUGGAUACUUAGAAACUCAAAAAGCUGAGACCACACUUAUAGAUAUAGAGUAUCAUGAGCAUGAUCAUGAUGAAAGUGAGCAUAAUGUUCUUGAUAUACCACAAACUAUAGAGAAUCCAACUCACACUUUAGUUCAACAAGAAAUUCCACCUAUAAAUCCCUCAGUACAAGAACCAUGGAAAUCUAGUAGGGGCAAGCAACCACCUGUGUGGAUGAAAUACUUUAUAUCCUUGAAUGUGCAUAAAGAUAUACUAUAUCAUAUAGCUAACUAUAUCAGUUAUGAUCAUAUAUCUUUUACCUAUCAAGCAUAUAUAGUUGUUACUUCAUGUCUAACAGAACCAGUAAGCUUUGGUGAAGAAAGCAAAGAUCCUAGAUGGAUGGAUGCAAUGAAAACUGAAAUAGAUACUUUAGAAAACAACAACAUUUGGGAAGUAUUCACACUACCACAAGGAAAAAAUAUAUUGGUUGCAAAUAGAUUUACAAAAUUAAAUAUAAAGCUUCAGGAGAAGUUGAAAGAUUUAACGCUAGCUUAG